GAAUCACAUAGCCAUCCACUUUGUAUCCUCCUCUCUCAUGUCCAGCUAUAGUGCAACGACAGUAAGACAAGAAGGUUUUCAGCUUCCUUCACCUGCACACACCGCUUCAUCACUGUCAGAGACGCCCACCUCACCCCCUCCAACCUCCCCCAACAAUCUUUUCAUGCCACCAAAUCUAUCUUUUCUUCCCGACUCAUUUCGCAAAUUUCCAAGUGCUGCUCAAGUUCACUCUCAUCAUCAACCUCCGACACCAAGCAGUGCCAUCGACUUUGCCGACGAUCUUGCAACACUCAUCGACUCACACCCCCACCAUGCAUCACACGAACGUAGUACAUACGACGCAGAUCCCUACCGCCACAAUAUCUUUGACAUCAGCGCUCCUCCAACUGCCAGCCAUUACCGACCUCCAUCAUCAACAGAUAUCUACCCAAACAAUCAACAACAGGAUCUCCAUUUUAACAGUACCCUUCCUGCCUUAAAUAGCAGUUUGCGGUACGAACCACACCCAGAUCCGCCAUCACAUUUCGCGUACCGCCACACCCCAUCCCCGCACAACCCCAACUCACCCAGUCGAAGCCGUUCACGCCCCCCAAGCAUCGGCCCAACCCGAACAUCCCGUCGCGAUCGCCGUGCCAAUAGCAUUAGCUCUCAUGUAUCCGGCACUUCCCCACCCCCUCCUCCCCGUCCUCAUGCCAUCGUUAUCCCCGGUAGGGGUGGUGGUUCAACUAUGGGCGGCUUUUUCGUACCCGGUCAAGGCGAAUACUCGCUUCCCACACCAGAUAGUCUCACUCAUUCCUUUGGCGGGUUCCAGGGAUAUAAUGCGGCAACCACUUCAUAUCCUACGCAACCCGGUUCCUUUGCUUCGCAAAACAAUGUGGCUGUAAAUUAUGGUAGUUUUAAUGGCCGUACCGGAACUCCCAGUAUGGGAAUCAGUCCCAGUGAAGUUUCUACCCUGGGCAUGCUCGGGAGCAGCACUACUUCUCCCCCUGCCUCUGCCAAGGCAAAACAUUCUGAUGGCGAUGGUCUAUCAGAAAAGAGACGACGAAGGCGGGAGAGUCACAAUGCUGUCGAGAGAAGGCGGAGGGAUAACAUUAACGAAAGAAUCGGCGAGUUAGCAGGGCUAAUCCCAGGGGUGCUGUUUGAAUGUGAUGCCCCACUCAUUGCUCCAACAUCACCCACACUCCUCAGCGCAACUUCACCUGCAGUGGAAAACAAUGAUCUCUUCUCACUCCCCCUCCCCGACGCAGCAAACUCCGACGAGGGUCUACCUGACGUCCCCGAAAAUGGGAUACCCGGCAUUCCUGUCAACGGAAAUGUCGUGAAAAAGGAUCCAAGCGAAGAUGGAGAUGAUGGUGCGUCUUUUGCGUGCUGUGGAAGGCACGUUCUGAUAUUCCUGAGCAGGCAGGGGUAAUGCGAAUGGUGGUGUAAACGGUGGUAUUCCUACGAACGGGAUCACUACCGCGAAUGGCACUGAACCGCAAAUGAUCAAGGCGAAUAAGGGGAUGAUUUUGAGGAAGGUGGGUAUCCUCUAUUUAUUUCUUGGCGGUUGGAUGGUGCUUUGUAUUGCCUAUAUGUGCCAUUUCCCUGAUUAUAUGCUCCGUAUUGCACUGCAUACGUUCACUUUCCAAAUACGUGCAUACGUUUGCUGCAUAUAUGCAUCUUUCCUCUGGCGAUUGACCUGAAUCGUUCAAGUACUGACUCCACUUUCCAGUCUGUGGAAUACAUCCGCUAC